GGUACAGUAGAGGCUCAAGCGGCGCGCGUAAAGUGAAACCUGGCGCGCAGCGACGACUUUUUGUUGUUGUUUUUGUUAUUGUUGUCGUCGAGUGACAGUGAAGGGGAAGGGUUGUGUGGUGCGAAUUUGGCGCGGUGUAUGCAAAGUAAAGGCUAGCCAAGAAGAAGCCGGAAGCUUGGAAAAAUCAUCGAGUGUUGUGUUAGUGAAGGCAAAACAGUGUGAAAAUUUUGGAGGAAAUUAUUUUUUUGCGAGACGCUCAUCAUUGUUGGCGAAGCAGCUUGAGAGUGCAAUAACCUUGGAUUAAAUUGCAGCGGUGCAGCAGCGAUUCGAUUGGCUGUUCAGAGAGAGGCGUUCGCAAAAGUCAACAAACCGCCCGGGUCACCCGCGUUGAUCCUAUGAACCAGAAUGCGGGAAAUGGACCGAUUACCGGACGGAUGCAGUAGGAAGCUGGCCCACGGCGGCGGCACCGACUGUUGGCAGGUGCAAAAGAUGGACGAGGAAGUUCGGAGGAGGUGGGGCAUAGCAGUUCGGCGACAUCAUCGCCUGACGGCGCUCCUGUUGGCCGUUGGACUCCUGUGCACGCAGAUCGUCACUAGCAGUAGUACACCCCUAGAUGAUAGUAGUAGUAGUGAAAAAAUAGAAUUAACAGCGUGCCAGCACCUGCGGCGGGCGGAGUCGCGGCGCGCCAAGUCACUAGGCGAUAGUUUGCUCCAGGCGGUGCAGAUCCCGCGGUGUACGUCCAACGGGGACUUUGAGGCGAUCCAGUGCUCGAACGAGGUCAACGGGACCGAGUGUUGGUGCGUGGACGAGUACGGCGUCGAGCUGGCCGGAAGUCGCCGCGGCGAUGCCAACGAGGUCAACUGUACGGACACGACGAUCGCGGAGGUUACCAAGUGUCAGGCGUCCAGCUGUCGGAUGUUCUGUCCGGCUGGGUUCGCGCGUGACCUGGGCAGUGGAUGUCCGGUGUGCAAGUGUCGCGAUCCGUGCGAGGGCAUCGAGUGCCCGCGGGGACAACAGUGCGAACCGCUGGAGGUGGAGUGCAAGAACGAACCGUGCCCACCGGUGCCGACUUGUCGCAAAGCUCGUUCGCUGUCGGAUCUCUGCCCAGCGGGUCAACCGCUGGCAAUCAGCGGAACUGCUCGGCCCUUCCUGUGCGGUAACGACCCCGGUAAGCCGUCCUGUCCACCACUGUACCGCUGUCUAGUCCAAUCCGGAAACGACUACGGAGUGUGCUGUCCGGCAUCGCUGCAGUUCGAAAAGCCUGGAACCUGCCCUAAACCGGAAGAGAUCAUGUCCACUGAUAGUACUGGAUAUCUGUGCGGAACUCCCUGCGGUCACGACCUGGAGUGUCCCCAGAUGCAAAAGUGUUGCACCUCAAAUGGGUGUGGCCGCAACUGUCAACAGCCGCACAACGUGACCGUCUGUCAUCAGGCUCGGAUGCUGUCGGAACUGUUGUCGGUCAACGAGCGUGAAGGUCGUGGCUACGUGCCCCAGUGUGACGGCCCCGGAGGAAGCUUCUCCACGAGGCAAUGCUCUCGCAACGGGUUGGUCUGCUGGUGCGUCGAUCCGAAGAACGGCAACAAGAUCAAGGGUACGAUGGGCGCAGCCCAGAUGGUCAACUGCGACGGGGUUGAGAACAUGAUCGGUCGCAGUGGAGGUCGUAGCGUUGACGGUUCCCAAGGUCUGUGUGACCACAACAUCUGCGCCGCCGUCUGUGAGUACGGCUUCAAGAGUGACCACAACGGCUGUCCAACGUGCGAGUGUUCCGAACCCUGCGAAGGCUUCCUCUGCCCGUCCGGAUCGCACUGCGAGGUCGCCAAGGACCCAUCCUGUGCGUCCUUCUCCGGACUGUGCUCUUCGGAGCCGGUCUGCAAGCCGGAUCUGGUCUACUCAAACCCGUGCGAGCUGGGAACGCCGCUUGCGGACAACGUGACCGGCGAGCUGGCCUACUGCCAUCUUGAUCACCCACGCAGCCGCGAGUUCCAGAGCCGCACCUUCUUCAACGACGCCGACGACGAGGACGUCGCCAACGGCCGCAAGCGGUCCCUGUCGAACACCAUCAUCUGCCCGGAGACGCACGAGUGCCGCAAGCUGCACGGCGAGUCCGGUAGCGUCUGCUGUCCGAUCGAGAGUGAAACCGUUCCGACGCCGGAAGGACGUCAACAAUCCAUGUGCGAAUACCUGCGGGACUUUUCCGACCGCAUGGAGGGAACGGUUGAGGGCAUGGAGCUGGCACUGCCUCCGCCGUCCUGCAGCAUGGACGGCGCCUACGAAGCGGUCCAGUGUACGGUCCGGAAGGCACGGGUCAACCGGGUCGAGCAGCGACGCUACCUGGAGCAGAAGAACAUCCGCCAGAUGCGCAAGCUGCUGGAGGAGGCGAAGCGAGCCAAGCGGGACGUUUCAGCAGUGACGCCUACGACGCAGAACCUCAAGCUCAUCAAGGUGGACGAUGUGUACGGAAGUGCGCGAACGGAAGUCGCCGAUUCUGAUGCCGCGAUGAUGUCCUACCUGCGGCAGCGAAUGCUAGUUUCGGCGGAGACCGUUGACGAUCUCGGAGUUCAGGGCCGAUCGGCGAAGAUCAUCGACUUUAACCGGCUGGAGUCGAAGAACUCCAACGCGAAUCUGGACAAGCCGGAGGUCAAACCGUCAACGCUGUUGAAGAAGCCAAUGUCCUCGGUCGUCACAGCUGUUCCGGAGGAACUCAUCGAGUUGGACAUUGAAGAGUGCUGGUGCGUGGACAACUUUGGCACGGAGAUUCCGAAAACACGUGGCAUGAACGCUACCAAGAAGUCCUGUGAAGAUCUGCGUGAAUCGCUCGGCUGUCUGGAUCUGACCUGCCGGAUGGGUUGCGACUACGGAUUCAUUCUUGACUCCGACUCGCAGUGCCCGUCGUGCGAGUGUCGUGAUCCGUGCGAUACCGUCAGCUGUCCAGAAGGACAGGAGUGUCGCUCGGUUGAGGUUUCCUGCGAAGGUGAGUACUGCCCACCGGUUCCGGCUUGCUUCCCGAAGAAACCAGGCCAGUGUCCGUUCCUGGUUCCACCGGGUAGUGAAAACGCCGAGUCCGACUCGUGUGAGUACGAAUGCCGAACGGAUUCCCACUGCGAAGGAUCGAAGCGAUGCUGCUCGAACGGAUGCGGAACUCAGUGUGUCGAACCGCAGCUGAAGACCGCCUGCCAACAUCUGCAAACGAUCCAGCUGCACCAGGCCAGCGAGCUGGGAGUUCCUCCCAAGCAGAAGUACAUCGCCCAGUGUGACGUGGACGGAACCUUCCGGACGAUCCAGUGUGGUCCGGGCAAUGCCUGCUGGUGCGUUGACGAGAACGGCAACGAAAAGAGCGGAACACGAACCAUCGACGCUCAACCAAACUGCGAAAUUUACCCCAAGAGCGAGUGCCCGCUGCGCAAGUGUCCACCGUGCGAGUACGGCCACAAGAUCGACGCCAACGGGUGCAAGACGUGCGAGUGUCGCAACCCCUGCCAGGAGAUCAGCUGCCCGCGCGGCGAAGAGUGCCAGCUCAUCCAGGUCGAGUGCAUCUCGGUGCCGUGUCCCAAGAUGCCGAUCUGCGUGCCCAUCCGCGAUUCCGUCUGUCCGGAGGGACUCCCGCUGAAAUCCGGUGGGCGCGAGAUCGCCUGCGGACCGCAGGUGGACGCCGACCUGUGCCCCUCGACGCACACCUGCCAGCUCAAUCCGAUCAGCAACCGGGGGUCUUGUUGCGCUAAAACAAGAGAUGUUUGCUUCGAAUCGAUCGAAUCGAGCUGCCUGGCGUCCGAGAUUCACCUCUCCGACAGUAACGACCUGGACAGCACGACCAAGUGGCGCUUCAGCCCGCGCCUCAACAAGUGCGUGCCCGUCAACCUGCCCAAGGCGAGCGUCUGCCAGUCGAAGAACCUGUUCCACAGCGAGCAGGCCUGCCACAGCGUCUGCCCGGUGCUGUCCCAGUGCGAGCGGCUCCGGCUGAAGAACGCAAUGGCCGCCAAGCGGGCCGGCCAGCCGAGCACGUGGUUCCAGCCGCGGUGCGACCCGGAAACCGGCUUCUGGAGCCCGGUCCAGUGCCUGGGCUCGACGGGCCCGAGCAACGGCACGACGACGCAGGAAACUCCCAGCCUGGGAGUUUGCUGGUGUGCGGACAAAAAGGGAGCCCCGGUGAAGGGCUCGCUGACGAAGGGUUCCGAGCCCAAGUGCAGCAGCCGGCAGGCCAGGAGGCGAUUGUCUGCGAGCGGCGAGGAAUCCAGCGAUCCAGUUAUGGAGGAACUGAUUCGGCAAAUAACCUUCCUGGUGGACGAAAACAACUACAUUGACGAAGACGUGGAACCGACGGUUCCGUCGGCCAGCGCCCCCAACACCCUGGCCAACUUUGCGCCGGAACCGCGCGUCCGGAACAUCAGCCCGGUGGCGGCCGUCACCGAGAAGAUCAUCGAGAUGGCCCGCACCGACGACGGUAGCAACUUUAUCGAAGAUUCCGGCAAGAAGCUGAGCGCGUCGACCACGCGCUGUCAGGCCCUCCGGCUGGCCGCCUCCUUCCCGGUGGCCUGCGAUGAAAAUGGGGCAUUCGAGCCGACUCAGUGCAACGGAGACACGUGCUGGUGCGUGGACGCGGCCGGAAAUCAACUUCCGCUGUCGAGUACGUUCAAGCGGGGAUUCCGGAACUGUCUCUUCACGCCGAUCGAUGCGGUGGAGAUUGAACUGCACUUGACGAAUCAGCACCAGCGAUCGCUGCUGAACUUGUACGAAGUUCUUCGGAACGAUUUGACCGGACUCAUCGGAAGCAUCUUCGACAACUAUCGAGUGCACGAGAAUCUCGACGGAAGCGUCAUGCUUCGGUUCGAUCUCAUCGAGGACAAUAAGGUGGACGAUGCUUUUGCCAUUGAAGAGAUGGUCCGUGACCAUGCCUUCGUAAUGUACCACGGAGCAUUGAUAGCGGACGUAACCCAGUCGCGAUUCUCGCACAAGAUCUCCACCAACCUUCCGGUUCCGCAGCAAUCGUCCGGCAUUCCGGAAAACACCUUCCAGACGAUCGUGUUCGUGCUGGCCACGGCGUCCGCCUUCCUCGUCAGCAUCCUCGUCGUUUUCGUGAUGCUCAAGCGGGGCAAGAACAAGAUGAAGCACUACAGCAACGGCAACCGGAUGAUGAGCAUCGGCGCGGACAAGUACCUGGACUACAGCUCGCCCAUCUUUGUGCUCAGCGCCAACGACAAAAAGUCCCUGCCGGAUCAGCACCGGACGAGCACCGUGCCGCCGCCACCGGUGACGCCCGGAACCAACUGAGAGCCUAAGAGAUCUGGAAGCCAAAUACACGUUGAUUGUUGUUACAUAACCUAGAAACGAAUGGAACAAGCUUACUCUUGCAGAAUCGAACCCGGUGGCCGGUUUGAUUUCCGUUGGAUUUAUGUGUCGACUUUUAGAGAAAACAAAACAUUUCUUUCCAAUCCAGUUCCAAUUUUCAUCCAGUUUUUUUUUAGAAUUUGACAGAUCACAACGUUUAACGACCAUCACACGCUAGAACGAAACCAGACAAAGUUGGGUUAAAAUCAAAACAAUUUACAAAACAAAACCACGUGGGCCAAACUCUUUCCCCUCAUCCCUUGGAUGUGUAAAUAAGCAAA